GAUCCCUAAGUCGCGCCUGCGCAUUGAGAUGGCUGAGGUCUUGCACAUGCGCAGUGCUUUCCUCGGGGGAUAGAGGAGCAUGAAUGGAGCAAGAUGGCGGACCCUGUGCAGAGUCUAGCACAGCUAGAGAACCUGUGUAAGCAGCUCUAUGAGACCACGGACACCAGCACCCGACUACAAGCAGAGAAAGCACUUGUUGAGUUCACCAACAGUCCAGAGUGUCUGAGCAAGUGUCAGCUGCUGCUGGAAAGAGGGAGUUCUUCAUAUUCUCAGCUGUUGGCUGCCACUUGCCUCACUAAACUGGUGUCUCGGAGCAGUAACCCUCUUCCACUGGAGCAGAGGAUCGAUAUCCGGAACUAUGUACUGACAUACCUAGCAACACGGCCCAAGCUGGCCUCUUUUGUGACUCAGGCGUUAAUACAGCUGUAUGCUCGUAUCACCAAGUUGGGUUGGUUCGACUGUCAGAAAGAGGACUACGUGUUCAGAAGCGUUAUUGUGGAUGUGACGCGCUUCUUGCAGGACAGUGUAGAAUAUUGUGUAAUCGGAGUCAGCAUAUUAUCUCAUUUAACUAAUGAAAUCAAUCAGGCAGAUGCUACACACCCUCUGACCAAACAUCGUAAAAUUGCUUCAUCUUUUAGAGACUCUUCACUGUUUGACAUCUUCACACUUUCCUGCAAUCUUCUCAAACAGGUAUACAUUAUAAGGAUCAAAUAUACUGCCUUUGUUUGA